CAAGUUUGCCUAGUUAGGUCAUGUACGUUUCAAAAAAAUGUAACAUACUACCAUUUAAUUUCUAUUUGAAAAUGCGGGAAUUUUUUUACAUUUUCAAACCGAAAUUUUUUAAAAAGGCUCUCAAAAGAUGUACUUUGUGCGAUUUUGUUCAAAAUCGUAUUUUCUGUUUGCGAAAUCGCCGUCCUUUUAAGUCGGAAACUAUACACAUUAUGGGCAAAUUAUGUUUACAAAAACAUAGGAGUUGUUAAAUUUUUGUUGUCUUUUAUUUCUCAUAUUACCGUCAACUUUAGAUCUUAUUAUUCCGGCCGGCAUGCUUAGAGAAAAUAAGAGCAAAUAUUCUGUCGUUCGGCAAAGCCGUCCAUAGACGGGUGAAAAUGCUAUAGAUUUAGAAGUUAUAAAUAGGCACAAGUUGAACUCUUCGAGGCAUGCAAGCACAGAAUCAAUCUGAUAAAGAGAGAGAGAGAGCUUGAAUUCUGAUAGCAAUGGCCUCAGCCCAAUUCUUCAAUGCCCUUGCCAUCCUAGCAAUUCUUGUCCCUUCAAUUUUGGCCACUGAGUUUUUGGUUGGUGAUGACAAGGGUUGGACCAUUAACUUUGAUUACCAAGCUUGGGCUAAAGGAAAGGAGUUCCAUGUGGGUGAUAAACUAGUUUUCAAGUACCCAAAGGGAUUCCACAAUGUUUUGAAAGUCAAUGGCACUGGUUUCCAACAAUGUGUGGCACCGACAGGAACUCAACCCUUGACAAGUGGAAAUGAUAUAAUUACCUUAGUAACUCCGGGAAGAAAAUGGUACAUUUGUGGUGCUCCCAUGCAUUGUAAGAUUGGAAACCAGAAGCUUGUCAUAACAGUGCUACCUCAAACAGUGUCUCCGGCACCUUCUCCCAGUUACUAUAGGAAGCGUUACACUACCUAAAUAUUAUGAGUGGAUGAUUGCUACUUUUGGCAUCCCUAUUUGUUACGGGAAUAGGAGUAUGCAGGACUGCAGGAGUAAGAGUUUCAAGGGGCACACACAACAUGGUGAAGUAAGAGGAGUUGGGAAUCAUCUCUUCUUUUUCCUAUUUCCUAUCUUUCAGUAUAUCGAGUUGCCCCUUAAUAAAGAAUUUAUGUUAGAGUUGGUUUUGGAGGUAUAAGAAGCCUAUCUCCAAGUAAUCCAAGAUAUGGUAUUUGUUAUCAUACUCUGUUUUAGUUGUAAUGUUUUAGAUUCUUUCUUAUGCAAGUAAUUUUUAUUGGAUAGGAAUAUGUAAUCUGUACGUGAGCCUAU